GCGUAUUCAGCAUAACAUUCAAUCGAUUUUUUUUCUCUUCGUAAAUUUUGGAAAAUUUAUUUUUCCUGCCUGAUACUUAACUAAAAUAAGCCAAAAAUGUCAUCAGCUGUUGAACCACUGACACUUUCUCGAGAUAUCGCUCGUGCGAUUGAACUCCUAGAUAAACUUCAAAUGAGUGGUGAAGUUCCAGCAACAAAACUUGCGGCCCUUCAAAAAGUUUUGCAAUCAGAUUUUUUGAAUGCUGUAAGAGAAGUUUAUGAGCACGUUUAUGAAACAGUUGACAUACAAGGAUCUCUUGACGUUCGUGCAUCAGCCACUGCCAAAGCAACAGUUGCAAGUUUUGCAGCAAGUGAAGGACACGCACAUCCCCGUGUUGUUGAACUUCCAAAGACAGAAGAAGGUUUAGGAUUCAAUGUCAUGGGAGGAAAAGAACAAAACAGUCCAAUUUAUAUAUCUCGUAUUAUCCCUGGAGGCGUUGCAGAUCGUCAUGGUGGUCUUAAACGUGGUGAUCAGUUACUAUCUGUCAAUGGUGUGUCUGUCGAAGGUGAAAAUCACGAGAAAGCAGUUGAAUUAUUGAAACAAGCUAUUGGAUCUGUUAAACUUGUUGUACGUUACACACCGAAGGUACUCGAAGAAAUGGAAAAUCGGUUCCAAAAGCAAACAAAUCGACGUCGACAAUUUCAGUAAACAAAAAUAAAAUUUUGAUUGUGCACUUCCUCAUUAUUGCAAUUUAUUACAUAAAUAUCUAAUUGUUAAGUGGCCAUUUAAAUUCUAGGAGAAAAAAGAAAGAAAACUAAAUCAAAACAAUUUUUUCUUAUGUCAGAUGAAAAUAUUUUCUUAAUUUAUUUGAUUCAUCGUUCUAAAUAACUUUUUAAUUAAUUAUGAAAAUCAAAUCCUUCGCUGUGCGUCGAUUUUUAUUUUUUUCUUUACAUUUGAUUUCGAUUGACGCAAUAAUAAAA